AUGGGCGCGAACGAUCUACGGUAUCUUGUGGUACUAGCAGCAUGCCUGAAGACAGGUUACAUACCGCUAUUCACAUCGCCCCGGAACUCGCUCGAUGGUCAAAAGUCACUCGUGGAAAAGACAGAGUGCACCAUCUUUUUGACCACAGUCGAUAUGAUGCCGCAGGUCCAGGCAAUCAAAGGGGCGGUGCCUAGUCUCAGGAUCUACGAGACGCCCACUACUAAAGAGCUGGUUGAUCCAAGUCUUCCCACGGAGCACUACCCUGGCAGACAAAAUCGUGACGUGACCGCUCAUAGCUUGAUCUUGCACACUUCGGGUUCAACAGGUCUCCCAAAGCCUAUCUACGAGACUGUUGGUGGCUUGAAUACGUUGUAUGAACAAGCGCACCUCAGUCCGGAAGAUGGACAUGAACAAACCAGCAAGCCUUUUCUAGCAGAUCCACGGCCCAUGCUUGCUGCCGCUCCCUUUUUCCAUGGCAUGGGGGUAAUCGUAAUGCUGCGAUCUAUCAUGUCCCGUGGCACCAUCGUGCGAUUACCAGCGGACAAGCCUUUGAGCGCAGGCUUGGUCAUUGACGUGAUCGAGGCGGUAAAACCCUUUUGUGGUAUCUUCCCACCGUCGGUACUGGAGGAUAUUGCUGCAACGCCCAAAGGCAUCGAGACAAUGGGGAAGCUCAAGUACGUCUUCUUUGGCGGUGCGCCUCUCGGUCCAGGGGCUGGUGACAAGCUUUGUCAAGUGACGAACUUGAUGACAACCCUUGGCAGCACAGAAGCCAUGUUUAUAAGCACCUUGCUCCCAUCCAAGCCAGAAGAAUGGGGCUACUUCCAUUGGGGUGCUGCUGCGGGCGUCGUCAUGGAGCCUGCUGGUGACGACUUGCACGAAAUGGUCAUCAAACCCAAAGACACCAGAUACCAGGCAGUUUUCCACACCUUUCCAGAGAUAUCCGAAUGGCGCACCAAGGAUCUGUUCAGUCGCCAUCCAUCGAAGCCUCAUCUGUGGAAGUACAGUGGAAGACGAGACGACAUCAUCGUCUUGAGCAAUGGCGAAAAGUUCAACCCUGUAAGCACGGAGAAGCUGCUUGAGUCGCAUCCGUGGGUGAAGGGUGCCCUAGUCGUUGGCUCAGGCAAGUUCCAGGCCGGUCUUCUUAUCGAACCAGAGUGGUCACGAGCCGGCACGCAAGACCCCUCUGCCUUGAUCGAUCACAUCUGGCCGAUGGUAGAGCAAGCAAAUCGUGAAGCGCCCGCGCACGCCCGGAUCUAUCAGACGAAGGUUGCCGUUGCGAAAGACCAGAAACCUUUCGUCCGCGCCGGCAAGGGCUCAACCAUUCGUCUCCAGACCGUUGCCGCUUUCAAGGACGAGAUUGAAGCCCUUUACGCGGAUGAGGGCUAUUCGAGCGACCCGAACCAGAAUGCUGAUGGCGAUGUCGCAUUGGCAGGCAAGAUUCGAGCUGUCUUCGCACGCAAUCUUCCCUCAUUCGGUGACGACGUGGCAGACGAUGUCGAGAUAUUCAGCCUGGGUGUCGAUUCUCUUGAUGUGCUCGCACUCACCAACGCGCUCAACAAGGCCGUUCGUGGUGCCGAAGUGACCUCAUCGAUGAUCUACAGCAAUCCUUCGGUCAAGCAACUGGCUGCGGCGUUGUCACAGACCGUGAGCAACUCGCCCGUGCAGGCACGCUUGCCACAGACCCGAGAGGAGAAACUCAGCGCGAUGGUCAGGAAGUACACUAAGGAUAUGGUCCGACCAAAGAGCAUGACUAGUGCGGUCACUCGUCCACGCAAGCAAACUGUGAUUGUUACCGGCACAACAGGUAGUUUGGGCAGUCACAUGUUGGAGCAACUGCUUCGAAACCCAGAGGUCGAGAGAGUCUAUUGCCUGAACCGUUCGGACAACGCCGAAGUACGACAAAAGGAGUCUUUUACCCGCUAUCACGACCCAAACGCCGACUUCAGCAAGGCCGAGUUCCUCAAGACAGACUUCAGUGCCGACCAGUUCGGACUCCCAGACGCUACCUACGAGCGUCUUCUGUCUACUGCUACAUCGUUCAUCCACGCUGCCUGGUCUGUCGACUUCAACCUCUCGCUCGAAUCCUACGAGGCCACACACGUAGCAGGCACCUAUCGCGCGAUAAAUUUCGCGUCUGCCUCGCUUCACAAAACACCCAUCAUCUUCAUCUCCUCGAUCGCCAGUGUGAGCGACUGGCGUAGCGUCGUGCAAGAUGGAUCCGCCGUCCCAGAAUCAAUCGCCACGCUCUUCGACAGCGCAAUCACGAUACCCCAGGGCUACAGCGAGUCCAAGUAUGUCGCAUCUGAGAUCCUGGCCACGGCCUCGCAUCGCCUGGGCAUCAAGACGGCCAUCGUGCGUGCGGGACAACUUGCGGGACCAAGUACUGACGCGGGUGGUGCAGCGUGGAAUCGCCAUGAGUGGCUGCCGACUAUAGUCCACACCAGCAAGGUCUUGAAGAAGCUGCCGCGGACGCUAGGUAAUAUGGAUCGAGUGGACUGGGUGCCCAUGGACGUUGCAGCCGGAGCUGUCAUUGACAUCGCCAACGCUACCGUCUCAGAACCCGAGCCUGUGCAGGUAUACCAUCUGGUUAAUCCGCACACCACUAGCUGGGACAAGCUGUACCCUGUCAUUCGAGACUAUUACACCCAGGACAACAAGGACGACAUGGAGAUUGUAGAGUAUAACGACUGGGUCGAUGAAUUGGCGCGUAUCCCGCAGACGAAGGAGAAUGCGGAGCGCGUCCCUGGGCUCAAGUUGUUGGACUUUUACCAGAGUCUCAGACCGGAAUCGAUUGGAUUGCCGGCGUUGGAUACGAGGAGGACGGAGUCUGUGAGCGCUACGUUGCGUGGGGGCAGAGCUGUGGAUGCGGAGGUGAUCAGGAAGUGGUUGGAGCAAUGGGCAUUUUGA